UUUUUUUUUCUUAUCCUCUCUCAUAAUCUCUCAUAAUCUCUCAUACUCUCACUAUCUCAUUUUACGAUCAAUCAACAUUGUCCUACGAUCCUGUCCCUUUCCUUUCCUAUUUUUAAAUCUAGUCUUGAAAUCAACUACUGAAUGAACAUUCCAUCCCUCAUUUUGCCAUCAUGUCUGCACUAAUCUAUUCAGCUAUGACAGCACCCUCAAAGAAGAAGAAGGAAGGAACAGCUACAGCCGACUCACAGCUAUCCUCAGGAGGGAAGAAGGAAAAGAAACAACAACAUGAUGAUAGUUCUACUAUGCAGUUUUACGAAACUCAUUCCUUCAUAACCGAUUCGUCUGAAUGGAACUCUCAUGAACACUCAAUGUCUGCUUACAAUAACAACAACAACAACAACAACAACACACACCUAGGCUCGUUUCAUCCUGGUAUCUCUCAGCAGGCACUGCAUUCCCCUGCAUAUGUUGAUCUACCACCUCGAGGAUCCUCUACUCAGUAUUUUGCAAAUAGAAAUAGAACCAACAGUAAUGCCAGCAGCCUUAGUGGUGGAGGCGGAUACAAUUACAAUUACAGUGGCAGCCAUAUGAGCCAUGUAAGCCGUACUAGCAGUAACAACAGCACAUCAAACUACAUCCAAUCCUCUCAACAAUAUUCUCAGCAAUACCAGCAACAGCAACAGCAACAGCAACAGUCCUUAAAUGCUUUCCCCAGAAUCCACUCCCAGAACUCAUCUCGUCAAGACCUUGCCACAACUGAAGCUGUUGGUUCAGAUGUUCAGGUCGCUGGAUAUACAUCCAUCUCUGAACCAAACAUAUAUGGAGGAUAUUAUAAUCCCAGUAAUACCGACGUCUAUGGUUCUUCAGAUGUGACAGGAAGCCAUCAUACAGACUAUCAAUAUUAUCAACAAGGACUCGCUCAAUACGAGCAACAGCAACAUCGAUCGACGAAUUCUGACGCUUCCUUCAUCUCUACCAGCCGUACAUUUCAACAAGAGGCUAUGACUUCUCAAACACUUUUGCAAACAAUGGAUCAACAAAUGUCAAACCCCCACGGCUCGCCCAGAGCCACUCCACAUUCAGCCCCCAAAAGAAGAGAGCCUUUAAUGCAUUUCCCCCAUGACGAUGAUGACGACGAGAGUAUUCUACCACCAUUAGACCAAUACGAAGUAAUGCAGCAGACUAUGACCUUUCCUACCGGGCAAGGACCAACCAGCAUCCUCAAAAAAGAGCCUCGAACCAAUAAUAACUUUGGACACGCUGAAUUCGAUCGUGAGGUUAGAGCUGAUAGAGCAGCUUUCCAGACUCAGACCCAGACUCAGACCCAGGCCCAGCUUUCUUGUGACACUAAACAGGCAGAUAGCGAGCACUUGGGACCCUCCGCAGAAGAGCGAAAGAUACGAAGAAGAAGCAGUUUGCCUACAUCCCUUGAUGAAGUCCCAGGUGAGCUGUCGACAAGUCUGCAAAGACGAGGCAGUGGUGUACAGCGCUCACCUAAGUAUGCAACAGUUCCUACGUCCACUCAAGCUAAAACGUUAAUGGGCAGCCCGUUACACGAAGAACCUUCUUCUCAAGAUAGUGAACCGUUCUACUCAUGGGAUGGCCAUGAGAGCAUGCUAUCCAACGGUACUCAAUCAGUGAACGCUGCUACUGGCUCCAUUGCUUUUUCUAGUGCCGAAAAUGAACAGCAGAGGUUGGAACAACAACGGCAGAACAAGAGAAACUCUGGUCGCCAAUCGCUUAUGGAAUUCAAGCCGCCACUGAUGACCAAAUCACAAUUGCGUCUUAGCAGUAGUCCUAACCCCUCUGAAGCUGACGCAACAGCCAUUGCUGUUGCCGUAGCCCAGAUGACAGAAUCCAAUGAUGGUAAUAGUCGUGAUGGGAUUUAUUCAAUAGACACAGAUAGUGGAGCUCAGCAGCAACCGCGCAAUGGAGUGAACUCUGACCUCAAGGGUCCAUCUUCUCUACCUUCGCGCCCUCGUGCCACAACUCCGUUGGGAUUGGUCAUUGAAGAGACUUCAUCAAUUCCAACAGGUUUGUUGAUUAGGUCAUCAUCACAACAGUCUUUGGCCCUCAAUACUCCAACGUCCGCUUCUAAAGCACGAUCAACGACUCCUAUUUCUGGGAUCCGCCCUCCUCCUGGUCCUCCACCCAUGAUCUCAUCAUCUCCACCCAUGACAUCUUCAUUAUCAACCGUAGCGUCACCCACAGCCAACCAAGCUCGAAAGGGGCCCUCAACAAGUAGCGGCAGUAGUCGACGCACUAAGGCCAAUGGAUUAAUUUCAACAACCCCAAUUUUGCCACCCGCCACACCUAGAAUACGAGCUGGAUCGAUAUCUGUUAACAACAUCACGAUGGACAGUUCCCUUCAUCAGUCCCUCCCAUCGGUCCCUUUGCCCUCAUUACCACCACCACCUAUCUCUGCGCCGCUUCCGACCAUCCCAUCGUCAUCACCAUUACCAUCACCAUCAUUGUCCAUCAAUACCCCUGGAGACUCGUCUGCUUCUCCACGACGUCGAAAGAUUUCAGGAAACAAGGAUCUGAUGCUCCCUACUCCUAUGACGUCCAAUACCCCUUUUGUGUUGAUCCAGAAUGAUAUUCACGCUUAUCCUCAAGACUCGUUACCAACCCCAAUCUCUUCACAACCCGUGAGUCCGGACUUUGGUAACCUCCCAACACCGAGUUCCUCCCCUUCCACUACCUCGGUCAUCUGGUUGCCAUCACAGUCGUCGCCUUCACUAUCGUCCGUAUCAACCUCAGCGCCUUCAUCACCAUCACCAUCACAGGUUGUGAAGCUCAAGAAGCGUGUAAGUCUAUUGGAAAGAGAAUUAGAAUGCUUGGGUAAAGAACUCUCGGGUCAGAAUCGUGAUCGAGGCGAGUUACAGUUCAGGAUGGAACAGUUGACAGUUGAACGAGAUUCGCUUGAGAAACAGGUGAUAAUCUUACAAGCAUAUAUACGUAAGAAUAAGAGCCAGCAACAAGAUCUCGCAAGUGGCAAUGUCGACGACAACAACGACGAUGAUAUGGAUUCAGAAUUGAAGGAAGCAUUGAGACAGAUCUUGGAGGAACGUGAUGAACGACUGAAAGAGUGUUGGGCACGUCAGGAGCAAGCUUCUUUGAACUCCACACCCAUGUUACGCCAUAGUUCUAGUGUUGGUGCUGGUGCUGGUGCAACUACCGAAGUUGGUCAUGAGGACGACGUUUCAUCUCUUCGGGUCAUGAAGUCGCAGUUGGAGAGAGAGGUCUUGGAUGCUAAAGCAGAGAUGGAGCGACUCCGUCAACAAUUGUUGAAACAAGAAGAGAAUGCUAAUAGGGAUCAAAAGAUUCGAGAGGAACUUCAACAAAAGCUUGAGGCUCUUCAGAGGCAGUCAUCUGAAAGUAAUGCUAGUAUCCACGAACAGCUUAUUUGGGAUGACCGUUAUCAACAACAGCAAGAAGGAAAUCAAGAGAACAACAACAAUAAUACCAAUAGUAGUGAUAGUAUCGACAGCAGUAUAAUAUCUUCACUACAACAGGAACUGGAACAGAACCGGCAAGCGCUUCAAUACGAGAUCAACAAUCUGACAGAUCGAUUACAGCAAGAAGAAGCUCAAUAUCGAAUCUUGCAAGAUACGGUUCAACGGUUGACGUCCAAGAUCUCACGUCUAGAGGCUCAGCACGCAGCCGAGAUCCAAAAGAUUUUACAGGAUCAUGAAGAAGUGAUGGAGAAGGUGGUGAUUGAGCAUGCUAAUGCGUUAACGGAUUUGUCAGAGCAGUAUGAACAACAGCAACAGCAACAACGGCAGCAGCAGCAGCAGCAGCAAUCUAGGACUGGAUCCGUCAACAGCAACAACAAUGAACUUGAAGGAGAAGGAGAGGAGGAAGAGGAUGGAUCUGCCGCUGUUAGGAUGAUUCGAGAAAAGGUGUUGGUGACUCGAUUACAAGAACAGGCUAAGAAAAAUGACGAGUUGGAGGCGGCAUUGUUUGCAAAGGAACGAGCUCUGGCCUUGAUGGAGGAGGAACAAGGAUCUUGGAUGGAGACUCGAGCCUCAUUGGAACGACAGUUGAAGAUGGAACAGUUGAAACAACAAGAGAAUGUCUACAGGGUCGAACAAGUUGAGAAGGAGAACAAGCGACUUUUGACUAUCCUUGGAGAUUUGGAUUUGGCAGCCUUGGCAUCCAUGUCUAGUGACGAUAAUAACAACAGAAAUAGCCACGAUGGAGAAAUGAAGGCCAUCUUUGGGAGGGAAAGGCAAAAAUGGAUGGAUCAGGUAUUGUUCUUACAACGCAAGAUGGCUAAAAUGGAGGAAGAGGCUGCUCAAGCCUUGCAGAAGAACAUGGAGCUUACCGUUGCCCUAGAACGUAGCACAAUGCAAGUCUAGACAAUAGUUUAAAGAAAAAAGUCAUCUGAAG